AUGGACAAAUAUGAGGAGAUGGCAAGGAAGAUGGGCGCCUCCUCGUUGGUAGAUCAGUUGCUCACCAGGCCUUCCCUCCCUCUAACCUUGAAAGGGGCUACGAGGGUAUGGUUCAAGUCGUUGGCACCUGGGUCAGUCAAUAGCUUUGGAGAGCUAGCCCACCUGUUCCUCAUGCAGUUCAUGACCAAUAGGAGGAGAAGAUGCCCCUCCAUGUACCUCCUCACCGUCAAACAAAGAGAGGAUGAAAUUUUGAAAGCAUACUUGGCUCGAUUCAACAAGGAGCGUAUGACGACAGACGAUCAAGACAAGCAAAUCACCUUAGCAACACUCUUGGGUGACAUAUGGCCCCUUAACCAGUUCAUGGCAGAAUUGGCAGGAAGAACUUCCACUACCCUACGAGAAUUCAUGGACCACGCCGAUGGCAUCAUCAAUGCUGAAGGCACACUCCAAGCCCUGAUAGAGCCCAGAAAAAUGGAACUAGAACAAGCCGACAGGAAGGCCAAGGCAUUAGGCAAAGCUAAUGCCCCCGAGAAGGCUAGGAAGGGAUAA